GCAGUAGCUCCUGAGAGCACGUGACUUGCAGCGGCACAUCUUUGGUGAAACCGUAGAGUGUAUUUAGGCCUGCAAACAUUUUUGUCUUUAGAUCGUAUAACUCAUUUGCAAUGAACAAAAGCAAGGCCAGUGGCGUGACGUGGGUGAAACCCGCGGAGCCGUCCUUUCUGAAGAAGUUUAAGAAGGAUGUUGGUUAUAAAGAAGGACCGAGUGUUGAAACUAAGUUGCAGACCAUGCCAGUCCUGGAUGAUGACAGCGGCAGUGACCGGGAGGACGAGCUCCCUCAGGUGGUGGUUCUGAAGGGGGGGGACCUGAGCGCAGAGGACGUGAAGAAGAUCAAGGACGAGCUGCGUCCUGCAGGGGAGAAAGAUGAUGGUAAAAUCCUCUUCAAGAAACCAGCCAAGCGCUCCUCCUCAGACAAAUUCCAGGGCAUCAAGGCCAGCUCCAGCAAGAAGAAGAAGAGUGAUGAAGAAGAGGAGGAGGGGGAGGAAGUGAAGAAAGAGGUGAAGUCUGGAAAGAAAGUAAAAAAUAACAGCCUUCUAUCAUUUGGAGGGGAGGAAGAGGAAGAGGAGAACUAACUUGUAUUGAUGAAAGAGUGUCAUAAAG